AUGAUGAACGACCUGACCCCCGAGCUGGGCAGGAGGAGACGAGCGGCUUGGGGAGCGUACAAGAGCAUCGAGGAUGUAGUGAAGAAGACCAGGAACACCCGGCUCCGUGCUCACCUCUUCAACACCACCGUACUUCCUGCUUUGACCUAUGCUUCGGAAACCUGGGCAUUUCGCAAGCAGGAAGAAAACGCAGUGAGCGUCAUUGAACGCGCAAUUGAGAGAGUGAUGCUAGGAGUAUCCCGUUCCACGCAAGUGAAGGACGGGAUUCGAAGUUCUCUCCUACGUCAGCGAUCGAAGAUAAGAGACGCCGCCGCGUUUGCCAAGGAAAGUAAAAUAAGGUGGGCCAGACACGUGAUGCGCUUUAAUGACAACCGUUGGACCAGAGCCGUGAGCAACUGGGUUCCCCGCGAUAUUAAGCGCACUACAGGAAGACCGCCGACCCAAUGGUCAGAUUUCUUCACGAAGUCCUUCAAAGAAAAAUAUGAUGCUCUUCGUGUCCCACGCGAAAGGAGGAACCACUGGGCUACUCUGGCACGCGAUCGGGACAAAUGGAAGAAUUACUGGCGCCCGCUCGACCAGUUCGAAGAUCAACGGGAGUCAAGGUGA